GAUGAUAAAGUUUGUUUCAAACCAGAUGGUCUUGAAAAUUUAAUACCAACAACUGAUUCUACUCUUGAUAUAGAAAUCACUGCACGAAACUAUAUUUUUAAAGAUGAUAAAAAUGAUCGUCGUCGAAUUCGUUUACCAAAUAUUGUUCAACAACAAAAUAGUUUUCAAGAUUUAUCGGUCGAAGAUGAACAUUAUUCUAUAUGGAUCUCAUUUUUUGAAUUAUACAAUGAAAAUAUUCUUGAUUUACUUGUACAACCAAAAGAUAUGAAAACACGUAAAAAUCUUCGUCUUAUGCAAAAUGAUGAAUCCACAAUGAUUAAAAAUCUUAUACAAAUACCAGUAUUUGAUAUAAACGAAGCUGAAGAUAUUAUUAAAUUUGGUUUUUCAAAUCGUGCAACAUCAAAAACAAAUCUCAAUGAAGCAUCAUCAAGAUCACAUGCUGUUUUAUGUAUUACACUAAUUACAAUUAAUGAAUUUGAUGAAGCACCAACAAUGAGUCAUAUGUACAUAUGUGAUUUAGCUGGUAAUGAACCAUCAACUGGUACCGGAAAACAACUUGCUGAAACUUGUAAUAUAAAUACGUCAUUAAUGACAUUUAAAGAUUGUAUUCGUGUAUUAAAUGAAAAUCAAACAGCAAAGAAACAAAUGCUUGUUCCAUAUCGAAAUAGUGUAUUAACAAGUAUAUUUCGUCCGUUUUUUGUUGGACGUGGACGAACAAUAAUUUGUUGUAAUGUUAAUCCAUGUGCAACAUUUAUUACACAAACAAAUGAUUUAUUAAAAUUUUGUGCAUUAGCACAGAAAACAAUUAUUGUACCUAACGAACCAAAAAUAGGCGCGAAUGGUUUGAUACGACAACCACGAAAAUCGAAGCAAAAGGGACCAAAACGACUUGCGAAAGAUGGACCUUUGAAAAAGAAAAAGAAAAAAGAUAUUAUUAAUGAGGACGAAGAAAUUGAAGAAACUGUUAUUCAACCAAUUGAAGGAUCAUCAUUCAUUAUUCCAAAUGAUAUCAAAUCGAUAAAUUAUUGGAAAUAUUGUACGAAAAAAUCAUUAGAUUUAUUACAAAAACAAGCAUCAAAUCGACGAAUCUUGAUGGUUCAAUUACAUCAAGAACGAGUUAAAAGUGUUCAAUAUCUUCUUCAUCAACGUGAACAAAUCAAUAUAUUAACCAAAGAAAAACAAUCGGUAACUGAAGAAAAUGAAACACUAUCAACAAAUCUACGUCAAGAACAAGACAAUCAUCUUCGUACACAACAAUUGCAUAAUGAUUUAAUAAUAAAUGAAAAACAACAUCGUCAAAAAAUACUUAAAUUAGAAAAAGAACUUAAAGAAAAAAAUUUUCAAUCAAAUAAUAAAAUUGAAUUAUUACAAACACAAUUGAAAACUUUACAAAAACAAUUUGAUCAAUUAACAAGUGAACAUUUACAAACAAUUCAACAAAAUGAUCAAAAUAAAAAUCAAUUAAGUGAACAUGAACAACAUUUUAAAGAUGAAAUUCAACGUUUAAAACGUGAUCUUGGUCUUGAACUUUAUCGUAAACAAGAUGCUGAGAAAAAAGCUCGAUCAUUCGAAGAUAAAUUACGUCAUGAACAAACAGAAUUACAAAAAAUUCAAUAUGAUUUUACUAAAACUAGACAUGAUUUAAAAACUUUACAAGUUAAAUAUGAUGCAUUACAACUUGAAUUAAUUGAUAUGCAUAAAAAUGUAAAAGUAAAUUCGCAAUUAAGUUUAAAUACAAAAAUAACAACAACAAUAAUUAAUCAAGAACAACGAAUUACUCGAACAAAACGACGUACAAAUGAUGAAAAUCAUUAUGAACAAGAAAUUAAAAAACCAAAACGUGUUACACGUAGUCGAUCAACAGCUAGUUCAAAUAAUAAUUCAACAAAUAUACAUGAACAAAAUAAUGAAAAUAAGCCGAAACGAAUAACACGUAAUGGAUCAACAGCAAGUGCUUCAAAUAUUACUCAAAUACCAAUUAAACAAACCAAAAAGGAUGGUAAUGCUGAUUCUUCAUCGGAUGUUAAAAGUAAACCUAAAACAGCAAUCAUUCGUGGUCGAACUAAAAAGAAAACAAAUGAACCAGAACCAAUACCUAUUCAACAACAAUCACCUCAACAUACUUAUGCCACUAUUGAAAGAGAUAUAUCACUUGAUAGAGCAUCAUUUGAUACUAUUGGUGUUAAUUCAACAACACAAAUUGUUCCAUUAACGAAUAUAGUUAAUAAUACACCAAAACAAUCUACAUUUAAACGUAUUCAAUCAUUAUUUCGACCUAGUCCAACAUUAACAAGUUCAUCACGAAUAAAUCAUGUUUUACAAACUAAAUCAACUGUAAUAGCAUUUGGUUCAUCAACACCUACAAAACGUAUACCUCCGACAAUACUUCGAACAACAACACCAGCAACAAAUAUUACAUCAACUCCGGGUACAUCAAUUGUGAAAAAAAUUCCAUCACCAAAAGGAAAAUAUAAUCUUCGUACACGUCUCUUUGCUAAUCCGACACAUGAUGAUAAAGAUGAAGAUGAGAAAAAAUCUCGAAUAAAAAAACCGUUACGAACACGUAAAUAA